CAGACAGCGGGGAAGGGGAGCGGGGCCAAGAGGACCGGGGACUAGAGGACCGGGGAUAUUCACUGACAGCAGCAGUUACGUUCAGAUUAACAGAACUGGAUGAUUUUCGAUGAGUGGCUGGACAAGAUUUUUAAUAAGAAACCGUGUAGUCGGCUACGGUUCAUGACCAUCCUUAGGUUUUCCCCUGAGCUCUCUAGUCACGGACACGAAUACUGGAUAUAAUUGUGGAACCACUACGGUGGUGACCAUCCCUUUAAGAGCGGCUCCUGUAAUAAAGGUGGUUGACCAUCCCUUUAAGAGCUGUGUGUGCAGUGUGGAUAUAGUGUGAACCUGCCCGGAGAGCUGGAUUGUGGAGCAGCGAGUGUGUCUCUGCCUGGCUCACUCCUCUCACACACACCUUGCCGCAAGCCUGGACAGAGGGACACAGAGACAGCAGCUACCCACUGAGCCUCUCUCCUCCCUGGGCUGUGAGACCGGACCUCAACCCCCUCCCCCUAGCUGAGGAUCAGGAGACCCACCACUAGAGACCCACAGCAGACCUCAGAGCAAUGUGACCACUGACUGAACCAAGCCAGGACCAAACAGGCUGUUAUGGAUCUGAGAAGAAGAAGGAACAGAAGAAACAGCACGCUGUGAAUCCCUGCUGGUCCAGUCACAAUGGUCCCAGUUCUGUUUUGGUGGCAAUCACGUUAUCAACCAAUGACACUUCCAAUGAAGACCAGACAGGAGAAGACACGAAGUCCCAGAGUUCCCACAUCCUGCCUACCGUGCUGGUCUUCUCCGUGCUGCUUGUCAUCAGCAUUCUGCUGGCCUGGUACUUCCUCAGGAUAAGGAACCAGAGAAAGGAGGUCGUCACAGCAGUCGACAAGAAAAUACCGAAUGGAAUCCUGGAAGAACAAGAGCAACAGACAGUGGUGCUGCUUGCCAGAUCCCCCUCUGCCUCUAAAACCUACUUCCCCAUCCCAGUCGACUGCCUGGAGGACGAGACCAGGAUUCGAUCCGCUGACGACGGCAAACUCUUCAGAGAGGAGUUCAAUUCAUUGCCGUCUGGAUAUACCCAGGGGACAUGCCAGGAGGCCAACAAAGAAGACAACAGAGAAAAGAACAGAUAUCCCAACAUCCUUCCAUAUGACCAUUCCAGGGUGGUGUUAACACAGCUAGAAGGAAACCUCUGUUCAGACUACAUCAACGCUUCCUAUAUCCAUGGCUACACGGACAAUAACAAAUUUAUCGCAGCACAAGGUCCUAAACAAGACACGGUAGCAGACUUCUGGAGGAUGAUAUGGGAACAGAAGACGGCAACUAUUGUCAUGCUGACCAACCUGAAAGAGAGGAAAGAGGACAAGUGUUACCAGUACUGGCCAGACCAGGGCUGUUGGACCUAUGGUAAUGUCCGGGUGGCUGUGGAAGACUGCACUGUGUUGGUGGACUACACCAUACGGAGGUUCUGCAUACAAUAUCAGGCCAGCGACGGCACCAAGCCCUCCAGGCUCGUCACCCAGCUCCACUUCACCAGCUGGCCUGAUUUUGGGGUGCCCUUUUCCCCCAUCGGCAUGCUCAAGUUCCUCAAGAAAGUCAAGACGGUCAACUCCUCCUUCGCUGGGCCCAUCGUGGUUCACUGCAGUGCUGGUGUGGGAAGGACAGGGACCUUCAUUGUGAUUGACGGCGUGAUUGACAUGAUGCACCAAGAGCAGAAGAUUGACGUCUUUGGUUUUGUGUCCAAGAUAAGAGACCAGCGCUCACAGCUUGUACAGACAGACAUUCAGUACUCGUUCAUCUACCAGGCCCUGUUGGAAUACUACCUCUACGGAGACACAGAACUGGACGUGUCAUCUCUGGAAGGACACCUGCACAAACUCCACAACACCCACACCCCCUUCGACAGGGUCGGCCUGGAGGAAGAGUUCAAAAAACUGACCAACAUGAGGAUAAUGAAGGAGAACAUGAGGAUGGGAAAUCUCCCUGCCAACAUGAAGAAGAACAGAGUGCUCCAGAUUAUUCCAUAUGACUUCAACAGAGUGAUUAUGUCCAUGAGAAGAGGCCAAGAGUUUACUGACUACAUCAAUGCGUCAUUUAUAGAUGGCUACAGGCAGAAGGACUACUUCAUAGCGACCCAGGGUCCUUUAUCUCACACGGUAGAGGACUACUGGAGGAUGGCGUGGGAGUGGAAGUGUCACUCCGUCGUCAUGCUGACGGAACUACAGGAGAGGGAGCAGGACAAGUGUUUCCAGUACUGGCCCACAGAGGACUCAGUGACCUAUGGAGACUACACUGUAGAGAUGAAGGGAUCCACUGUGUGUGACAGCUUCAGUGUACGGGAUCUGGUACUCACCUACGGCCCAGAUAAGCAGACACGUCUGGUCCGCCACUUCCAUUUUCACGGCUGGCCAGAGAUCGGGAUCCCAGCCGAAGGGAAAGGAAUGAUCGACAUCAUCGCCUCGGUGCAGAGACAGCAACAGCAGUCAGGAAACCAUCCCAUCAUCGUACACUGCAGUGCUGGUGCAGGGCGAACAGGUACGUUCAUUGCACUGAGCAAUAUCCUGGAGCGGGUCAAGGCUGAGGGCCUACUGGACGUCUUCCAGACUGUGAAGAGUUUACGGAUGCAGAGGCCACAUAUGGUCCAGACCGUGGAACAAUACGACUUCUGCUACCGGGUGGUACAAGACUUUGUGGACAUUUUCUCAGACUAUGCCAAUUUUAAAUGAUGAAAUAUUUGCCUUACAAACAUUUUUUUUUUUUGUUCAAAUGUUGUUGGUCAGGCUUUGUGUUUUGUCCUUAGAAGGAUUGAAAGGUUUUUCUAUCUCGCUAUGCACUUGUCCCUACUGUAACUAAAAACUCCAUCCCUCGCUGUAAUAUACCGUACGUCAACGGACAAAGAUUUGUAAAUGCCAAAAUGUAAGAUUAAUAAUGUAUAUUUCACAUCAUGUAUAAUAAUUAUUUUGUAAUGAAAUUCAAGUGGGUUUUUAUUUUUAAACCUUGAGUCUCUUUAUUCACAUGUUGUAGUAGUUGUACGAUACUGUACUUUUGUUAAACAUCUUGUUUAUUCACACUGAGUGUUUAUUUUUUCUUCUGACCGUCCUUGUUUCCUUUUGAAAAGAGGCGCUAUUGUAACUGUUUUACGUGUCGAUCGGCAGACCUUCCAUUUAAUUGCAUUCUAAGAACGUUAUGCGAAUAUUAAUUAGUACGAUAUUCUGACAUGUAUUGACGCCUUCUAUCUGUGACUAGAGGUGAUAUCUCAUCUAUCUUUUAUUUAAUUGGAAAUAACCCUUUUAUUUAAAAAAAAAAAUAUAUAUAUAUAUAUUAAGGUCUUUACAAUGCAAGUUUUUUCAGGCACAAUAUCAAGAACACACAAAAAAAAUUAUGCAAAGUAUUGAAUAUCAAGUUACGCCAUUAUUAUCAUUAUUAUUAUUAUUAUCAUCAUUAUUAUUAUUAUUAUUAUUAUUAUUAUUAUUGUCAAGGAUAAUAGUUUAAAACAACAUAUUAAGGAAUUGUAAGAAUUAGUUUCCAUUAACCUGAUGGAAGUAGUAGCCUACUUCAGUACAGAAAAUCAACAUGCAACUACACAUAUAAUAACAAUUUACCAGUAGUAGUACUAAUCAGUAGUACUAAUCAGUAGUACUAAUCAGUAGUACUAAUCAGUAGUACUAAUCAGUAGUACUAAUCAGUAGUACUAAUACAAAACAUACUGCAGUUUUUUUUUUAUCCACUGCACAUAUUCUGAAGCACAUGGACAUCACCCAGAAUAGCACCAAGGAAUAGCACAGAUACAUUCUGUCAAAUAUGUUAAAUCUGAAAAGUUACAGUCAUCGUUUGUAUAUUCAUUUGUAUUGCAGUUUGGAUACAUUUGUUUAGUUUUUUGUUAAAUGUCCUGAACUGUCCAUAUCGUUUAGACCUGUAUUAUUUUACCUAGAUAGGAAGUAUAGGAAGGUGUCUGCUGAUGCAGUUGCCAAAAACGACUAUAAGAAUAAACAAACACAAGUCGUUCUGAUCUGACGCAACACUCAGUGUGACCUGUAAAAUUAAAAGAUUUGAACUUAAAAGGGCAUCAAAAUGAACCCGACACAAUAUAUAUACAUUUUUUUUUUUUAAAGCACAAAAGAUGGGCGUGUUUCAUUUAAAAUAACGUUCCUCAAUCUGUUCAUAAUAUAUCCAUGUAAAUGGCAUACUUUAGUAUUUAGACCUCAGUGCCGUUAUAGUUAUACUGGCUACCACCAAUCUCAUGAAACACACAUAUCCUCAUUAUGGCCUUACACCAUUUUGCAUUGUUGUGAAAGAUUAGGUCAGGGGUCAACCAAAACAUUACCUCAUGAACUGCAGCGGUGCUUCAACGCCAGUUUUAUAAGGGCGACCUCGUAUAGGAAUCUGAAAUAAGUCCAGCUGAAUGCCAAGGGCCCAGAAGCCCCACAUUUACACGCCUCUCUAUUUCUAUAUGACAUGUUGAUACAACGGGAGGAUGAACUUUAACCGCGUCAGAUACACAAUGAACCAGGAGGUUUAAUAGUUGGGAAUAUGGAAUUGUUGGAUGCUUUGUUGGAUGUGAGUUGUUGUUCCGGAGGAAUGGCCUAACUUAACUUCACCUCUCUCUCUCUCUCUCUCUCUCUCCCUUUACUCUCUCUCUCGGCCUCUCUCUCUCUCGGCCUCUCUCUCUCUCAGCCUCUCUCUCUCUCUUGGCCCCUCUCUCUCGACCUCUCUCUCUCUCGACCUCUCUCUCUCUCCCUUUACUCUCUCUCUCGGCCUCUCUCUCUCUCCCUUUACUCUCUCUCUCGGCCUCUCUCUCUCUCGGCCUCUCUCUCUCUCUCGACCUCUCUCUCUCUCCCUUUACUCUCUCUCUCGGCCUCUCUCUCUCUCCCUUUACUCUCUCUCUCGGCCUCUCUCUCUCUCCCUUUACUCUCUCUCUCGGCCUCUCUCUCUCUCGGCCUCUCUCGCUCUCUGCCUCUCUCUCGGCCCCUCUCUCUCUCGGCCUCUCUCUCUCUCCCUUUACUCUCUCUCUCUCGGCCUCUCUCUCUCUCGGCCUCUCUCGCUCUCUGCCUCUCUCUCGACCCCUCUCUCUCUCUUGGCCCCUCUCUCUCGACCCCUCUCUCUCUCUUGGCCCCUCUCUCUCGACCUCCCUCUCUCUUGGCCCCUCUCUCUCGACCUCUCUCUCUCUCCGGCCUAUUUUUGAUCUGUUCUUUGAUGAAGAUGAAAGAGGGUGUUUUCAGGUCACACCUCUUCAUCUUUAGUUUUCUGCUUUUCAUUGUCGCCCUCUCUUGGAUUCUCAAUGUCUUUUAAAUGCCAGGUUGCAAUAUUAAAUUCAUUGAAAAACCUA